UUUACAGUUUACUAGCCCGCACCAACUGCCGCACGCAUUAAUACGGCUUUGCAAACUACAAAUAUCCCAAUAGUAAUAAUUACACCUCAAAUUGAAGAACCCAAGAUUCUACAGCAUCCAUCGUGCAAGCUCCGUUUACUCAAGGCACAGGCAGCCUGAGUGUCCCCUUGCUGGGUCUCUGUCUUCCCAUGUUCUGUUCGCACAGGCGCCGACGAAAGAUCCGCACGAAAGACUCCAUCUCGCUUCCUAUUACAAGCAACCAUACCCCAGAACUCCCACCAGAAAACGACGCACCCCUCUGCUCAACAUGCUCUUCCCUCGACCUCCAUGCAAUCCUUCACGACGGCGUCCCAGAAAAACACCCAAUCCCCAUCGGUCACCUCACAGACAUCCUUAACAAGUCCAACGAAUGCGGACUGUGCAACCUCAUAGCUAUCGUCAUCCGUCGCGCGUGGAACCUGGAUAAGCUGCCUCAUAUCGACAUUUCUGAUAUUACCUGUGCGCUGUAUGCGAUAGAGUGCGGGUAUCCGAACAUUCCGGAUUAUAUAUCUGCUGUACGCAGGGAUAUCUGUCAUCGGCUGCAUAUUCAGACCUUUGAUAGACCUCGGGAUGUUACAGCUGCCAUGGUCGCCGCGCAGUCAAACCUCUUGCUGGAUAUUCAGCUCCUUGGAGAAGAUGCUUCCAAGGUUGGGAGGACGAAAGAACUUCAUGGCAGGAGGGUUGGUCAGAAUGUUGAUAUCGCCCUGUUGAAGAGAUGGAUCCACAUCUGUGAACGCGAGCAUGGGGAGCUAUGUGAAACGGUAUGGUGGAGGGGUACUGGAGAUGUUCUUCCGAAGAGCAUGAGAGUCGUGGAUGUAACUCGAAUGGCCGUGGUUCGCGCUCCGCCAUCCUGCCGUUUCGUCGCUCUUAGCUACCUCUGGGGAGGUACGGGAGAAGAGUACUGGACGACACGGGCAAAUAUCAAGCUGCGCAGAGCACAAGGCGGCCUUGAUGUAUCAGUGCUACCAUCCACGAUCUUAGACACCAUUCAACUCGUCCGCCAGCUCGGCGAGCGGUACCUUUGGGUUGACGCGUUGUGUAUCGUGCAGGAUGACCAUAAGGACAAAACAGAGCAGAUCGGUGUAAUGGAGCUUAUCUAUGGCAGCUCCGCAUUCACAAUCUUCGCUGCAGGCGGCACCUCCGCGCAUGAUCCUCUCCCAGGCAUCCGCCCAGGGACCAGGAAUCCCAAACAACGAAUAGCUAAAAUACAAGGCCUUCACCUCGCCGUCCCCCUCGUCCUCCCCCGUGAGGCCAUAGCAAGCUCUGCAUGGGACACACGUGGCUGGACAUAUCAAGAACUCAUGCUCUCGCGCCGCCGCAUCUUCUUGACCCCCCAUCAUGUUCACUUUGAAUGCACAGGGGAUGUAUGGAGCGAAGAUGUGAUUGCAGAGCGUAUCAACCUCCCCUGGCAAUCGCACCCCCUGAAGUUCGGCGGUGCAGGUGGAUUCACGUCCGUGCGUGCUCCACCGCAGGGGGUGAGUCAUAUAUAUACGGGGCACUACAUGAGCAUCAUCGGAAAGUAUACGCAACGCAGGCUUACUAUGGAAUCAGACAUCGUGAACGCUGUUACGGCGCUCAUCAAUGCUAUGGCCAAGGGGUUCAAGCUCGCUGGUGGUAACCCUGGUCAAGCAUUCCGUUUUGGGAUGCCCAUCGUUGACCUAGAACUUGCGUUAGUGUGGCAGCCAACGUCCAAUACAUCAUGUGUGCGGCGCGCGACUGGGGAUGGAAAUAUGACGCUGUGGCCAUCCUGGUCAUGGGCUGCAUGGCGGGGUGCUGUCCGGUAUAGCGAAGUGAGCUUGUUCGUCGAUGCACAGCACGGGGGCUUUUCUCCGUGGAUAACCCAGUCACUGGUGGAACAGUGGCACAUGGUGGAUGAUGAUGGUCGACUUGUUCCCCAGGAUGUUGAACGUACUGGUCGGAUGGCAGGAUCUGUUGAAGAAGCAAACUCCAGUCCAUACGUCAUUCCGAAAGGCAAUAUCGACGCACAAACUCUGAUUACAGAGAAUGGGCCCCUGCAGCCUGGGACGUUAGUAUUCAGAACUCGUUCAGCUCGUUUCAACGUUACGAAAGCAGACGAUGUCGUCGGUGCUGAUCCCAAGGCUAACUACGCCACAUAUUCCAUACUAUCUGACGUUCCUCAACCAUCAACGUUAGUAGGGCGCGUCAUCCUUCCGCGUUCCACCAAUUCACCGACUUCAUGUGAAUUUAUUGUUCUGUCUCGCGCAGACGAAACCAAAGGGUUGUACGAUGAGGACACACUGGGGAAACGAUAUCUCGGAUGCAUGUUGUAUGUGAUGGCGGUGCAGAAGAUGCAGGAUGAAAAACGCAUGGAGCGAGUUGGGGUUGGGGUUAUAUUUGAACAUGCUUGGCCGAACUCGACAGGGGAGCAGAAGGUUGUUCUGUUAGGAUAGCAGUAAAGACCGGUGAAGUUACUCAAAUAGAUCGAACUGAACGGGCCCCAGCUGUGGCAUCGAG